CAGAUCCAUUCGCUCUCGUUCCUCGUGUCUAUGGACUGGGCGGAAAACAGAAUUUCAAUCUAAAUUUACCUCCAUAUGCAAUAAUUUAUGUUUCAUCGGAUUGUUAUGGCGCAGGCAUGAAGGGUGGGAAGCAGCCUGGGAAAAUGGAUAAAUAAGAGCGCUUCGGUGACAAUCAACACUAUUCUUAUUUUUCCAACAUUUGAAGCAUCAAGAAAGAAAAGUUCUCUUUCGAAAUAAUAAAACAUCUUUAUUUUACAAUCCUCCUCACAUCUCAUUUUUCUGUGAUACCUAGUAUAUGAUGGGUUCUGCUUUAAGCAACCAGAAACCAAAGAAUCACUACGAUGAGAUACUCGACGAAAAAAGCACCGAGAACGACGUCGAAUCUGAUGCCUUUUCAUUUCCUUAUAUAGUCGUUGAGGAGAUUAUCGCACGAGCCCCAGUCCCCUCACAUAACCAUCGAGCCGGCUCGUGGCUACACACAUAUCACGAUACAGAAAACGAUUUUGCAACGGAGCGAGAAGAAUUAGAACCUCUAAAAGGCUCGAAUCCUCCUCUUCGUGGACAGCCAUCGCCAGUGCUAUGGACAUAUCCAGCAAAGUACUUCGACUAUGUGAGUCAGAAUCGCAGCGGCUGUGUGACCAGAGAAUCGGCCGGUCGGAAUCGAAUCAUUACGGGUCGAAAAAGACGAAUCCAAGGCCUAUUAAUGUGUUCAUAUGAUAAUAGAAGUGGUUAUACCAGAGCACCCGAGUCAAAGGGUAUUAUCUAUCGACCGAAGUCGAGGAGAUGUGACAUGUUCUCUCGGUGGUUUCGGAAGGAGAGGGUGUGGCAUAGAAUCGAGGUGUAAAUGGAGCGGAAAUAUAACCAUGAUUGAGAGAGACCUUCAAAGUAGUGAAUAUAUGGAGAUGAGUAUGUAGAAUGUAUCAUUUUCUAAUUCUGUUCGUUAACUUUUUGUUGAUGACAUGCUUUCGUUGCGG